AUGGCUUCUCAAUUCCCUACCAAGAAGUGCGGUGUUCUCGGUGCCACUGGCUCUGUAGGCCAGCGCUUCAUCCUCCUCCUCGCCCAGCACCCUUACCUCACCCUCCAUGCCAUCGGCGCCUCAUCUCGCUCCGCCGGCAAGAAGUACAAGGAUGCGGUGCGAUGGAAGCAGGCCGCGCCCAUGGGCGAUAUCGCCAACAUGGUCGUGAGAGAGUGCAAGGCCGAGGAGUUCAAGGACUGCGAUGUUGUCUUCAGCGGUCUUGACUCGGACGUCGCUGGCGAUAUCGAGCUUGAAUUUACCAAGGCCGAUAUUCCCGUUUUCUCCAACGCAAAGAACUACCGUCGCGAUCCUCUUGUGCCCCUCGUCGUUCCCACCGUCAACCUCCCCCAUCUCGACCUCAUCCCCCACCAGCGCUCCGUUCGCGGCCUCAACAAGGGUUUCCUCGUGUGCAACUCCAACUGUGCCGUCAUUGGUCUCGUCAUCCCCUUCGCCGCCCUCCAAGCCCAGUUCGGCCCCAUCUCCACCGUCUCCAUCGUCACUCUCCAGGCCCUCUCGGGCGCCGGUUACCCAGGUGUCUCCAGCAUGGACAUCAUUGACAACAUCGUCCCCUUCAUCUCAGGCGAGGAGGACAAGCUCGAGACCGAAGCCCGCAAGAUUCUCGGCCGCAUUGAUGACAAUGGCACUGCCUUUGUUGAGCAGGACGGUCUCCGUGUUUCAGCUACCUGCAACCGAGUUCCCGUUAUGGACGGCCACACUGCCUGUGUCAGUUUGAGCUUCGAGCGCAAGCCAUCUCCCUCAGCUGAGGAGGUUCGCAAGGCUCUACGCGAGUAUAAGAGCGAAGCACAGGCUCUGGGAUGCCCCUCGGCACCUGAGCCCGCCAUCAAGGUCUUUGGCGAUGACGAGCCCGACAGACCUCAGCCCCGCCUUGACCGUGAUCUCGGCCGUGGCUACACCGUCAGUGUCGGCCGUGUGCGCGAGGACGAGGCUGGCAUCUUUGACAUCAAGUUCACUGCUCUGAGCCACAACACUGUUAUUGGUGCUGCUGGUUCAUCGAUAUUGAACGCCGAAGCUGCUAUCCUCAAGGGUUAUAUCUAA